AUGCUUACCUUCCUCCGCAGACAGAGCACAUUUGCAGUGGCUUGCCCCGGCCAAGGUAUUGUAUCGAGAGGUUGCUUAUCCUCACUUAAGUCUUUCCUUCCCUACUACCAGCAUGUGUUGGAUUGUGUGGACGACACAUUAGGUGAGCAUUUUUCGGCCCAUCUUCUUGCAGAGCCACCCAAGAAGCAAAAUGUCGCCAUGGUAGACCCUUGGUCGCAGUCAACAGCCAAUGCCCAGCCAGCGAUUGUAACGGCUACUUAUGUCAUUUAUGAGCUUCUUCGUCGCCUUCAUGGUGUGGAUUUGGCUCAUCACCCGCGUGUCUCGUACAUAUUAGGCCAUUCUUUGGGAGAAUACUCUGCCCUACUCUUGGGCGGUGUACUCAGUCUCGAAAGUACAAUUAAAAUCGUCCGCCAGCGAGGAUUGUUGAUGCAGCAGCUUGUAAAGGAGACUCCUUACGGAAUGAAGGUUCUUAUUUUCCGGCCCGCCAGUUUCUCUCGCGUCAUUGAGGUGGCAAAACAACAUAAUGUUCUCGCUUGUAUCAAUAACGCUACACAGAUUCUGGUGUCGGGUUAUCCGCAUGACUUAGAGAAGGCGCUUGAUGCCAUGAACGACCCAAAAAGAGUCAUUCUUAAGCUGGUGGAUCUACCGGUGAAUAUUCCUUUCCAUAACGCGCUUCUCGCCCCAAUCGAGAGUACAUUGGCAAAACUCCCAUCGGAACUACAAGAGCCCUCAAAGCCUAUAGUAAGCAAUGUGACUGGCCGUGUUUCACAAGGAGAUGUCUAUCUCAAUACUGUGCGAGCUAAUUCUCAGCCAGUAGACUGGAAAGGCUCGAUGGAGUUUAUCGAAAGCCAAAAUGUUACAGGUAUUGUGAAUCUUGGCCCUGGGGAUGCACUCGAUGCUAUCAACUCUCGUUUCAAGCUCGUGAACUAUCCGUUGAAGUCGGCCCAAGAUAUGGAGCAUUUGGCGCGCUCCAUUGCGUGA